AUGUCUGGAAUCCAGACGUACGUCCCGAACAGCACGGCAGGCCUGAAACCGAAGCGACAUCAUGGUUAUGCUGUAUUUCUCUUCAUUAUGGGAACCCUCUUUCCACCGUUGGCCGUGGCAGCGAGAUUCGGUUUUGGAGGAGACUUUUGGCUGAAUUUGCUGUUGACCAUCUGCGGAUAUAUUCCAGGUCAUGGCCACAAUUUUUACAUUCAGAAUAUAAGAAAUAACAAGAACCAUCGUCGCACGCCAAAAUGGGCUCAACGAUAUGGUCUUGUGGACACGUUCGAGAUCCGUCGCAAGGAGCGCAAGUCCCAGUGGGCAGCUCGUUACAAUGAUCGUCUGCCCCAGUCAACCCUAGAGGGGCAGCCCUACGAGGAGGGUCAGGAGGCGGGAUCCAGUAUAGACCUACCUUCGGAAGAUGGACGAGGACAAAGGCAAGUCAAUGGAGAUUUGUGGCGGCCGGAAGACGAAAACUAUUACGUUGCUGCACAAGAUGCCAAUUUGGGCACAGCCUCCAGCGGGCGAUGGCACUAUCCUGCCAAUUUUGAGAACACCGCUGUCUCCGCAAAUUCCUCAAAACGAAGCAAGAAGAAGAAAGAGAAGAAGGAUCGGUGGGCGAGGACAGAGGAUGCAUAUUCUGUAUCGGAGGAACGACAACGAAGGAAAUCCAAAAAAAAGAAGGGCAAAUCGUCUGCAGCUCCUGACGAUAGCAUGUAUUCGCAAGAUGGCUCUGUUGAGUUUCCUGAGGAUGCAGAAGGUGGCCUGUACGGUGAGAGGGCGACAGAGACGGGGGAUACUGGGCAGCCAAAGAAGACCGGGGACGAUGUGUUCAGUCAUGAGUUUUGA